CCCCCUCCAACCAACCAGUAUUACUUCUUUUAUUAUGUCAAAAGAAAAGUCAUAAUUUAUUCUAUUUAUUUAUCAAAAUGUCAAAAAUUAAAGUUUCCAUGGAAUGGAAAAAACGUGUUAAAUCUGAAUACAUGCGUCUUAGACAAAUGAAAAGAUUCAGACGUGCUGAAGAGGUUAAAUUAGCAUGGAACCAAAAUCGAAAGGUUAUGACAGAUUUGAUGGAUGUAGAAAAUAAAUGUUGGGCAGAAGGAAAAGCAAUGUGGUUUGCAAAACAAGAGACGCAUGUACCUAGCGUGAAAAAAGCUGAAAUAACAAGUUCCGAAGGAGAUGUUCAAAAUUGUUCAAUUAAAAUUGUUAAUUCUGUUGCACCAAUACCAACAAUGUACACAUGGGCACCUAUUCAACAAAAUUUUAUGGUUGAAGAUGAGACUGUUCUGCAUAAUAUUCCUUAUAUGGGUGAUGAAAUUCUUGAUCAAGAUGGCACAUUUAUUGAAGAAUUAAUUAAAAAUUACGAUGGCAAAGUUCAUGGAGACAGAGAAUCAGGCUUUAUGGACGAUUCAAUUUUUGUAGAUUUGGUAAAUGCUUUAGCAAAUUGUGAAAAAGAAGAUAAAGAAAAAGAAGCACCAAAGAAAGGAAAGGAAUCUUUAAAAGAGAAAGAUAUUAAUAAAAAUGACGAUAAAGAGAAAAAUGAAGAACAAUCAAAGAAAAAUGAUCUUUUAAGCGUUCCCUUUCCAUCAAUUCAAGUUUUUUAUGCAAUUCACAGUAUGUUUCCCGAUAAAGGAAAACCAGAUGAACUCAAAGAAAAAUAUAUUGAAUUAACAGAGAGAUCUGAUCCAAAUGCAUUGCCACCAGAAUGUACGCCUAAUAUUGAUGGUAUUAAUGCAAAAAGUGUUUCUCGAGAACAAGCUAUGCAUUCAUUCAACACUCUUUUUUGUCGCCGAUGUUUUAAAUACGACUGUUUCUUACAUCCCAAGGGAACAUCUCAAGGUCUGCAAACAUCUCAUCCGGGACCAAGUGUACAGAAGCGUAAAGGACCUGAUUUAAAAUCAUUUUCGGAACCCUGUGGUUCUGAAUGUUACAUGCAUUUAGAAGGAAUGAAGGAAAAAUUAGCAGCACAAGCAGCUGAUAUAAAAGAAGAGGAUGGAGAAGAGAAAAAAGGGGGUCCAAGAAAAGUUCGCAAACAAACAAGUGUUGAUUCAGGCAAUGAGGCGAGUAGCGAGGAUAGUAAUGAUAGCAAUAAAUAUAUUCAAGGAGAAGGCUGUCCAGACUUCUCACAAAAUGUUAAUAAAGAUUCUAAGCCCGAUGAAACAAUUGAUGAUCAAAAACAACCUGAAAAUCAAACACCUUUCUCUCUUAUGACAACGGAUAAUCGAGCAACAAUGGAAAGUAAAUUUUCAUGGACUGGCUCUGAACAAAGUGUAUUUCGUGCAUUGCACAAAGCUUUUCCUGGAAAUCCUUGUGCAUUAGCUCAAAUUAUGUUGACAAAAAGUUGUCAAGAGGUGUAUAAAUUUUCACAAAAAGAAGCAGCUGAUAUUCCAGCUGUUGAGAGUCUAAAAGAUCUAACGCCACCGAGAAAAAAGAAGAAAAAACAUCGUCUUUGGUCAAUGCAUUGUAGAAAAAUACAAUUGAAAAAAGAUUCUGGUGCUAAUCAUGUUCACAAUUUUUCACCAUGUGAUCAUCCAAAUCAACCAUGUGACAAUUCAUGCCCUUGUAUUCAAGCUCAAAAUUUCUGUGAAAAAUUCUGUCAAUGCAGUACCGAAUGUCAAAAUCGUUUUCCUGGCUGUAGAUGUAAAGCUCAAUGUAAUACUAAACAAUGUCCUUGUUAUUUAGCGGUACGAGAAUGUGAUCCAGAUUUAUGUCAAACUUGUGGAGCUGAUCAAUUUCAUAUUACAAAAAUAUCUUGUAAAAAUGUUAGCGUACAACGUGGACUUAACAAACAUUUACUAAUGGCGCCAUCAGAUGUAGCAGGUUGGGGAAUCUUUUUAAAAGAAUCAGCAGGAAAAAAUGAAUUUAUCUCUGAAUAUUGCGGAGAAAUAAUAAGUCAAGAUGAGGCCGAUAGACGAGGCAAAGUCUAUGACAAAUACAUGUGCAGCUUUUUAUUUAAUCUAAAUAAUGAUUUUGUUGUCGACGCUACUAGAAAAGGGAAUAAAAUAAGAUUUGCGAAUCAUUCUAUAAACCCAAAUUGUUAUGCCAAAGUUAUGAUGGUAAAUGGUGAUCAUAGAAUUGGUAUUUUUGCGAAAAGGGCAAUUCAACCUGGCGAAGAAUUGUUCUUUGAUUAUAGAUAUGGACCAACUGAACAACUUAAAUUUGUUGGCAUUGAACGUGAAAUGGAAUUUCUAUAAUUUAAAUUAGAGCUGUGCAAAAAUCAAAUUGAAUUGCUCAGUUCAAUAAAUGCUCUAUUUUAAAUGUAUAUUUAAAUUAUUGAUUUGUUUUAAGACUAUUUUAAUGUUUUAUUAAAAAAAAAAAAAAUGUAUUCGUACAUUUUCGAUUAAAUUAUGCUAUUAAUUAAAUUAUACUUUUAAAUAAAUUAUAUUUUUAAUCAUAUAAUUAUUAACAUUAAAUAUACAAUAUAACAAAAUAUUUAAAUA